AGUGAGUGAGUGAGUGUAGGAGAGAGAAGGCGCGGGCGCGCGCGCGCCGCCGCCGCCGCCACCGCUGCUCUGCUGUUGCUGCCCUUUGAUCCCGGCAUUAGUGUUAGUUAGGGGCUCGGAGGCGCACAGACACAGCGCGCGCGGCCGCGGCGGAGACACGGAGCAGCACGGCAGCCGCACCUCCGUCCGUCCUGCACCGUCCUCCUCCGCGCGCGCCCCAGCAGCGGCAGCGCGCUCAGGUGCGCGACGCGUCCCCCGCCAUCGGGCGCCCGGCGGGGCGAGCGCUCCGCUGUGUGUGUUCCGCCUCUCGCUCGCUCGCUCGCUCUGUCUCUCUCCGUGUGGAUGGGAAGGAGCGCCGCCGCCGAGAGCCGCAGGAGGAUGUGAGCGCGCGGGACGGACAAUGCCCCGCCGGAAGCAGGAGCAGCCGAGGCGCCUGUCUUCGCAUCUGGACAGAGUUGAGGAUGAAGAAGUCGAACGGGAACCUGUGGGAGAAGACACCUGGUUUGGCAAUGCCUCUGAUACGCCCUCUGAGUCGUCCUACGUCGGGGUCCAGGACGACGUUCAGGGCUCCCCGGAUGAGCCCUCGCAGGAUGCGGACACGUCAGGGGAGAGUUCCCUUGGCUGCCCCACCCCUGUGCCCCGUGCCUCCGUAGAUCUACUGGGGUUCGACACGGACUCCAUCUCCGUGCAGGAUGCCCUGUCCUCAGUGGUGGCCUCCCUCUACGGAGACCCUUCCCAGGACCUGGGGAAGCCACUGAGCAGCAAUCUGCGCCGGCUCCUUGAGGCUGGCUCUUUGAAGCUGGAUGUAGGGGAGUUGGCCUCCUGGGGUGGGAGUGAGGAUUCCCCACCCCUGAGCCUUGGCUCUGGCCUCUCUCCUUCCUCCCACCACGCCCAGCAGCUGAGCGCUCUCGCUCGGAAAGUCGCCAAGAAUUCCUCGUCCUCCACUGCAGCAUCUCCUGCCCCCGUGGCGCCGGCCGGCAUGGUCAAGCAGGAGCCCUGUGACCCCUAUACCAGCUGCAAUGGCAGCGGCUUUACGUGGGGAGGUGGUCUGGAGGCGUGGCUGUCUGCCGGCAGCUCUGUCCCCAGCAGUUUAUCUCCCGAUUCUGCCAUCCAGAAGCUGAAGGCGGCUGCGAACGCUGUGCGGCAGGACAAGAACGUCCUGGCGUGCGUGCCCACUUCCUCAGCCUCUUCCUUGUCCGGAGUUGCCACCGGGGGUCGGACGGAGGAGCCGGCACGCUUCGACGCCUUCGCCAGCCCCUUCAGCUCGCAGUCGGCCAGCUCCACGCUGGCGGCUCUCUCCAAGAAGGUGAGCGAGCGAGGCUUGUCCGGGGGCCCGGCGGCGGAGCAGUUGCCAAACUGCUCUUUCCUCUCCCUCGUCUCCAUGGCGCCAUCGGCAGCGCUGCUCAAGGAGGUCGCGGCCCGGGCAGCCGAGAGCCUUGUGACCGACAAGAAGGAGAAGCCCUUGAUGCCGGCAUCUCCAGAAGACAGCAAGCCCCUGCUGGACAGGAACCAGAAAGCCGCCACACCCGGCCAGCCCACCGACCUUCUGUUGCCGUCGGCCCCGAAGGGAAAGGUCAAAGGCAGCAGCCAAGGAGCGUCCCCUGAUGAGGGUGGCAAGCCCUUCCAGUGCCCUGUGUGCGGCCUGGUCAUCAAGAGGAAGAGCUACUGGAAGCGUCACAUGGUGAUCCACACCGGCCUCAAGAGCCACCAGUGCCCCAUGUGUCCAUUCCGCUGCGCCCGUAAAGACAAUCUCAAGUCCCACAUGAAGGUCCACCAGCACCAGGACCGCGGCGAGACCUUCCAGUGUGAGCUGUGCCCCUUCACUUCCUCCCGCCACUUCAGUCUUAAGUUGCACAUGCGCUGCCACCAGCACUUCCCUCGCACCGAACUCCAGGUCAAGGAGGAGCCCACCAGCGACACGGAAAGCAAACCUCUCGCUCUGGGAGAGCUGAAGCCUCUGGAAGGACUGGGCUCUCCGGCUCCUUCAGACACCCAGCUCCAGACUUCCCCCGAUGGGGUCGCCGACUACGCUUACGUCAAGGAGGAGCCCCAGGAGCGCACCCUGUCUGCUCUGUCACCCUUCAGCCUGUGUCGCGCCAGUCCACUGGGCCCCUUGGGGCCUAAGGCCAGCCCACCAACCCCCAUAGCCGCAUCGCUCUUCAGCCCAGACAUCACCACCAAGACUGCUUCCGACCUCCUCAUCAAGCUCUCGGCUGCAAACCAGAAGGAGAUCCAGAAGCCCCAGUUCUGUGCGAAGGAGGAGACCCGUCCGGAGGAGACGCCGAGCCCCCGGCUAACACAGGGCCAGCCCAGCUACACCUUCUGCCAGGAGGGCUCCCUAGGGCCCAGUUCCGAGAGCCCCCCAGCUGGCAGCGGACUGCUGAACCAAGACAUCAACAUGAAGGUGGCAUCAGAGCUGCUGAUGAAGCUCUCAGAGAACAGCAAGGAGUCGAAGGCGGCGGCAGCGGAGGAAGAGCCCAUGGAGGUGGAGCCCCCCGGCGACAGUCCGCCGGCCCCCUCUCGUCUGCUGGGCUUCAGCACUUUGCCCGGGUGCGAGACGAGCGAGCGGUCGUCUGGUCUCCCCGACGGCCUGCUUUGCCCCCAGAAGACGCUCUUCUCCCAGGACAUAUCGGUGAAGAUGGCGUCCGAACUGCUGUUCAAGCUGUCAGAAAAAGUAAGCAAAGCUAAGAACGACAAGGUGAGCAAUAUGGUGGGUGUGGCCAGACUGUACGCUGACGAGCGCUGCAGACAAUCGCCGCUUACCUCAGGCUCCAAUCCCCCGCUGCCCGGUGAGAUCGGAUCGUCCACCAGGGCGGCGCUGCAGGCUGGCUGGGAGAAGCUGAGCGCGGAAUGCGGCGGCGGUGGUGGCGGCACACCCCCGUGGAACCCGAGCGAGCAGCUGCACCCGUGCCACACGUGCGGGAAGGUGUUCGGCACCCGGCGCACCCUGUCGCAGCACCAGUGCCAACAGCCAGGAGAGCGGAAGUACAAGUGCCACCUGUGUCCCUUCACGGCAAAGUGCGGUACAAGCCUCAGCCAGCACGCCAGCGUCCAUGCAGCCGUCUCUGCCGAGGGUAGUGCCUGCGGCAGCUGGUCCUACUACUACAGCUGUCGCGUGUGUGGGAUGGAGACGGAGCUCAGCGCGCAGCUCGCUGGGCACAUGGCGCUGCACGGUGACAGCGAGCGCUGGAUGUUCUCGCUCUGCUGCGGCUCUUGCGACUUCGCGUGCGGAGAGGAGGGCGAGAUGAAGACGCACGUGCAUGCCGAGCAUGCAGUAGGUGUGAGCUGCAGGAGCCCACUGAGCGAGACCAAGAGCACCUCCUCAUCCUUGUCGGCGCUCAGCGACUCGGUGAGCGGCUCUGAGAGUGGCGACAUCCCACGCGCUAGCGACGAGCUCAAGGGCCUGCUGGCCACACCCUCGUCCAUGGCGAGCCGGUCCAGUUCCAACAGCCACUCUGGAUCAGGGACCGAAGAAAACUUGGAGAAAGGCUUCGAGUGUGUUUUCUGCAACUUUGCGUGCAAGACCCGGGCGAUGUACGAGAGGCACCUGCAGGUCCACCUCCUCGCGCGCAUCUUCGAGUGUGACAUCUGCCACACGUUCGCCAAGAGCCCCGAGCAGCUGCUGGAGCACAAGAAGAGCCACGCCGUCGCCGCCGCAGGGCUCAAGUGCCCCGUCUGCACAUUCACCACCAGCCAGCUGACCUUCAUGGAGAUCCACCUGGCGACACACAGGCCGGACGGCCAUCUCCGCUGCGGCCACCUCGCCGAGAGCUCAUCCUGCGAGCGCCUACAGCGCAGGAACAACGGCGGCCCGCGCAGGAGGGCGAGGCACACGACACGGGAUACCCUGCACCGCCCCGACCGGGCCUUUGCCACCACGCACUCCUUGGCUUUCAGCCGCCACGUGCGGCGUCACCACGGCGACAGGCUCGCCACGAAAAGCGGGCUUCCCGCUUCCCACGCCCUGCGCUCCGUCGCCCUGUCUGUCAGCGAGAAGCAGCUGUGCGCGGGGGCUGUGCCGGCCUCGUGCUACCUCUCUGCCAGGGACUCCUCCUCCUCGUCAUCCUCAUCCUCCUCCUUUUACACAUGCUACGAGAAGUACAGGAACUUGGAGGCAGCCCACCUGAUCCCCCUCACCACCCUUUUCUCCCUGGACCAGUUUACAGGAGUGGAUGUGUUCCACUCAACCUCCUCGCUUGGCCCCACCUCCUGCUGUUCCUCCCCAUCCCACCCCCUGUCACCCACAUCGCUUAAGCAUUCCUUCCUGGCCUACCUGGGGCUGACGGAGCGGGCCAAGGUCGUGUAGGGGCCCCGCGCCUAGUCGCGCCCGCUCCCGGACUGGGGUCGUCACCCACUGUGCUCCCAGGCACUCGGACCCUAACAAAGCCAACAUAACAUGCUGGAUAGAAAAAUAGUCAAGGUACAUAAAAAUUCACAUUUAUAAAUGUAUAAAAAAGCUAUAAAUAUGUGCUUAACGCAUUUAUAUCAGAGCUGCUUUUCUCCUCCACUAUAUCAAUGAAUAUAUGAUAUAUAUUUUUCUUUUUUGUUACCUGUCUUUCAAAGUCUGAAUGAGCCACUGCGUUUACUGAAAACGAACGGCUUAGGAAAAGAAGAAGGAGAAGAAGCAAAUGUAUAAGCGCUAUGUGUUUCUGUGCGUUCGUCUUUCUGGAAGCAUUAGGAUGCAUGCUCGCAUAUGUGUUCCAAUAGUUUUGGUGUGAUUAUUGAUAUGGGCUUAAUAUACAAAACGUCCCACAAGUAUAUUUAACGCUCCAAAGAUUGGAUCUUUACACACAAAGUGAACAAAUUUUCAAAUUUCUUUCUAAUAAGUCCCAGUCUACGCAGGGCAUAAUUUGGCAUUCAGUUCAUCUGCGCGUGACCGCACUUCGGGUGACCGGACAGUCCACUGCAUCAUAGUAUUAUUUUUCAGAUAUUUUCCAAAAUAUUAAAAAAAAAAAAAAAAUGUCGGGGGGGGGUUGGUUAGUUAAUCAGGAAAAUUAAACCAGGAUGUUGACCAAAAAAAAUUUAUAGCAUACAAUGUUUUACAAGUACGUAACGUAAAAGAUGGUUUUUUUUUUUUUUUUUUUUUUUUUUUUUUUAAUAGAAAUGCAGAGUUAUGCUUUGCUCCAGCCUCCUCCCUCUCCUUAAGGUAAUCGGUCAUCUUUCUCCGCGGCGAUGAUUUGCAAACGUACGACUCAACGCUCAAAAUAUGUUAAAAUGUAUUUAAAAUUGUUAAAAUUAAGAAUUUUGCGUACAUGAUGCAAGAUUACCAUCUGAUGAGAAAGAUUUUAAAAAUCGCGUACACGAUGCAUUGCGAUGAGCGGUCUGUCCCGUGAGGUCACGUGGGGGUGAACUGCCUGCUGUGUUUUUGAGGGUUCUCAGGCAGGUCCUCUAUCUGACAGCAGCCUGGAACCGCCCGGAGAGGCGGAGCUCCACUUUGUUUACAGAUGCGGGCGUCUCGCUGACCGAGCUCAUGUCUUCUUCCCACGGAGACAUUCCUGGGUUCAAUUGGAGCAUCGGGUCCCGCUCGUGCUACGGUCGCUUACGGAAGCCGGGCGUUCCGAGGUCCGUCGGUACACCGCGGCCUCCAAGGGUGGUGCUCCAGGUGACGGUGCGUAGCCCUCGGAAACACGCUUCCUUUACCAGUAGGUCACCCGUGGGCCCGCUGCACGUACCUAGUUGGUCGAAGCAAAUAGGGCUGGGUGUCGCCGGACAGAGUGCCUAAAGGUCACGCGUCCGCCGCAGCCGUGACUGCGGACCGCCGUCAUUCGGAGAGAGCGGGGCUCGGCCCGCGGGGGGCGUCGGGAGGCCGUUUCCGCUCGCGGCGUGUUGCCGACCGGGGCGUCGCCGCAGGGUACAACAGCGGUGCUCCUUGGAGCCUUUGUACAUUACUGUACUAUAUUGACUUGAAUGAAUGUACUGGUGACACAGAGUCGGGUUAUCCGGUGGCCUUCUUUUUCUUUUUCUUUGUGAUGGCGGCUUAAAAGAACGACAUUCAUGGAGAACGCGUGUCGAAAAGGGGCAGAUGCAAUGACUAAGUGGCCGUUCCCGGUAGCUGUGGGUUAGCUGUAGCUGUAUGGGUUCUUACUUCUUACUCCGUGGGCAAGCUUGGUACUGCCCUCGUUAUUAUUAUUAUUAUUAUUAUUAUUGUUGUUGUUAUUAUUUUUAUUAUUACUCUUGCUUGGUUCAGAACCAUAACUGAAUUGUCUUCAUGUUUAAGAACAUGAAAAGCACUUAUUUUUUUCCCUGUGCGUUCAUUAUUAGUCCGUGCUGUUAGGAGGGGUGUAAACCCUGACAGUAUGGUGGCCAGAUGCACCGUGAA